AUGAGUGCAGAAAAUGAGAUCCAAGAGGAGAGAAAUUACGAGGAGUAGUACCGAAAUUGGAAGUAGAACAUCCCAUUCAUGUAUGAAAUCUGCAUCAAUCAUCAAAACAAUUGGCCAUCCCUCACAGUUUGUUGGUUGGAUGAACUUGAAAUUGAUCAAAACGACAACGAAGUACAUAGAUUGAUAGUGGCCACUCAGACCAAUAAUUAAGAGUAGGAUUAUAUCAAAUUGCUUAAAGUUGCUAUUCCUAAGAAAUUAGAUGAAUAAUUGGAUAACACCUUGCUGAAUAACAUUUGGAAAACAUAAGCAGUUGGAAAGGUAUAAGAAGAAUUGCAAAUUCCAGUGGAAGUAGAAAUCAACAGAGUUCGAUAAUAACCAAAUAAUCAAUACAUUUUAGCAGCUUAAGCAGGAGAUGGUGAAGUUGGUAUUUACGAUUUAAGCAAAUAAUCAAAAAUAUAAGCCUUAAAAGGACAGACGAAAGAAGGUUAUGGGUUGUCUUGGAAUCUCAAUAAUAGCGGUCAUUUAUUAUCUGCAAGUUAUGAUCAUAACAUAUACUAUUGGGAUUCAAAUACAGGACAAUUGAUAAAGCAAUACAAUUUCCAUAAAGGCGAAGUUGAAGAUGUGUGUUGGCAUCCUCAAGAUCCAAACAUUUUCAUCUCUUGUUCUGACGAUAAAACAUUUGCUAUUUGUGAUAUUCGAACAUCAUCAGGAGUUUCAAUAUAAUAAGAAGCACAUUCACAAGAAGUAAAUUGUGUUCAAUUUAAUAAUUUCUAAUCUAAUUUAUUCGCCACAGGAUCUAACGAUGCUCAAGUUAAAAUGUUCGAUAUGAAUAAACCAGAGGAGGACAUCCAUACAUUUUCAAAUCAUGAAGAUGCCAUUUAUAGUCUUUAAUGGUCCCCUCAUUAAAGAAAUUUGCUUGCAUCUGGAUCUGUUGAUUCUAAAAUCAUUGUGUGGGAUUAUUACAAAAUUGGAAACGAAAUCAAGGCUGAAGAUGAAAAAGAUGGUCCAUCUGAAUUGUUGUUUUAUCAUGGAGGACAUAGAUCUAAGGUUAAUGAUUUAUCUUGGAAUGCCAAUCAUAAACAUCUAUUGGCAAGUGUAGAAUAAGAGAAAAACAUACUCUAAAUUUGGAAGAUUCAACAGUAAUUAUGGGAUGAAGAUGAAAAUGAUGAAUAUAUUCAAUCUCUAGUAUGA